ACGCCAAGCCGGUUGCGUUACCAUUGGUUGUUUCACCUUUCGAGCGCGUUCAUUCCUCUGGCGCUGCGCAACGGAACGGCAGCGCGCGACACUCACAUCAAGACCGUGGAGAACGAGGACGUCACAGAGACCCGGUCGGUGCGGCGCUAAUCCAAAAAAAACCGUACUUUUAAAAAGUUCAAGAGCGAAACGCGGUCGGAUACAACGGUCAUCCCCCCCUCCCUCGCGCCAUGAAGAACCUUCUCCCCAAGCUGUGGAUCUUCAUCGCUCCGGCUGUCUUCCUCCCUUCGCUCAGCUCUGCCGAGUACGAUUACCCGUACACCUGGAAACCGGAGGGGACGUGGAUGCAAAAUUACGGCAAAAGCCCGCAGUGCAUGGACAUUCCCAAAGACCUGAAGUUGUGUUUCAACGUGGGUUACCGCCAGAUGCUGCUUCCCAAUCUGCUGGAGCACGAAACCAUAGCGGAGGUGAAGCAGCAGGCGGUCAGCUGGGUUCCUCUGGUGCACAAAGCUUGUCACCCGGGCACGCAAGUUUUCCUCUGCUCGCUCUUCGCCCCGGUGUGCCUCGAAAGGCCCAUAUAUCCGUGCCGCUGGCUGUGCGAGGCUGUCCGGGACAGUUGCACCCCUAUUAUGAAUGCGUUUGGGUUCCCUUGGCCUGAAAUGCUCAACUGUGACAAGUUUCCCCUGGGCGACGUGUGCCUUUCCAUGAACACCACCAGCAGCGAUGAUACGGACAAAACAGGUGUCUCUUCUGUUUGCCCGCCAUGUGACAAUGAGAUGAACACGGACGCAAUCCUGGAACACUUGUGUGCCAGUGAAUUUGCAAUCAAGACGAAGAUUAAGGAGGUCAAAAAAGACAACUUAGACCGAAAAGUCAUUCUGCAAAAAAAGAGAAAAGCGGUGAAGGUUGGAAAUCUGAACAAGCAGGACCUAAAGAAGCUUGUGCUUCACCUGAAAAAUGGAGCGGACUGUCCAUGCCAACAACUGGAAAACCUGGCGAACAACUACUUAAUCAUGGGCCGAAGUGUGGGGCAACAGUAUAUACUGACAGCCAUUCAUAAGUGGGACAAAUCUAGCAAAGAAUUUAAGAAAGCCCUUAAAAAACUUAAAAGCCAUAAAUGUCAAGUUUUUGAGACAGUGUUCAAGUGAUUUCUGAUCAAUGGGUUACUAAUCUUCGUGAACUUUCCAUUAUAGCAUUAUAUUACAUUUUCCAUUACAGUACAGUAUAGAAGGGAACCAUCCAACUAGUUAGUCUGUUUGCCCAAUAAAUGUCUGAGCGCAUACAAACAAACAAGUAGCUCAGUUUUUCAAAUGUUCUUAAACUUUCCGAUCCAGCUACAAAAGUUAUUCACAGUUAUUUACAUCCCAUUAUUAAGUCAGCGUGAGUUCUGCUUUUGCAAACACUGCCUUUUCGAUAUAUCUUAAUGUUUUCACGGUGAAAAUGAUGUAUCCAUGCAAUCUGUUAAUGACGUUUAUGUUGUAUAAUAUCCAUCACAGCUAUCAGUAAAAUGCGUAAGACAUGCACCUUAAACGAUAAAGAGACUCGAUGACUGUUUGUUGUUGCAUAGGACGCAAAUGACAGUCGGUCAUGCGGUGGGAGGUGUAUAGCAUGCCCGAGGACAGAGCACAACGCACUGUAAUCGUUUGACAUUAAAAGAGAAAAUAUUUU